AUGCCCACCUUGCUGGCUCAACAAUUCCCAGCGCCAGUCCCUAAUGUUCGCCGCUCUGGCACGAAAGCUCUGCAAGACCAGGCCAUUGCUCGAUCACAAGAGCUUCGACGCUUAUGGGAACUCGACCAGCUUCCUCGCCUUGGGUUCACCGAUCGACUAUUCAUGCAGUGGCAGACAGCGCUUAAAGCGGCCUAUACUGGGUUUGAGAUGAUCCUUGAUAGCCCUGAAGAGCGUGUCCCAGAUGCUUACAAAAAGCAUCUUCUUGGACAGUUUCCGGUUCGUGCAAAGCAGUUGUGGUAG